AUGCCACUUCAUCUGUUAGGGAAAAAGUCAUGGAACGUCUACAAUGCCGACAACAUCGCGCGCGUCCGAAGAGAUGAGGCGGCCGCCAAGGCCGCUGAGCAAGCUGAGGAGCAGCGCAUGCAAGAAGUCGAUGCUCAAAGGCGAUUAGCAAUUCUACGUGGCGAGGUACCGCCCCCCAUAGAAGACGAACGCGAAGCCGAAUCGGACAAUGCGAAAGACGCCUCUAGCGAUGCGCGAUUGAAAUUCCCUGGUGGUGGUCGCAAGAGGAGAAAGCGGCCUGAAGAGGACGAUACCGAGUUUGAGCUACGCCUAGCAAAGGAGAGGAACGAUGCGACAUAUGCAAUCGUGGAAUCCAGCCGCAAACCGGUAAGCUCAGCCCCGAUAAUUGACCAUGCCGGACACAUCGACCUUUUUGGCGACGAGCGAGCGAGGGCGCAUGCAGAGAAGAACCCGGAAGCAGAAGCGGACAGGAAGAAGAAAGAGCGAGAAUACGAAGACCAGUAUACGAUGCGUUUCUCCAACGCCGCUGGCAAAGAUGGAAUUAGCCAACCUUGGUACUCCCAUGGGGAAGGAGUCGCUCCAGAUGUCUCUGCAAAAAACGUCUGGGGACGAGAGGAUCCGGAUCGCAAGACUCGCGACAUUCAGCGAAUCAAUUCCAAUGAUCCGCUAGCCAUGAUGAAGAAAGGGGCCAAGCAAGUUAGAGAGUUGAAGAGAGAGCGCAAAAAAAUACAAGAGGAGAGGAAUGAGGAUCUCAGACAGCUGCGCAAAGAAAGCCACCGCGAUGCACAUAGAGAUAGGCAUUCGGAAAGAGACGGACGAGACCGUAGACGGUAUUCAGAUACCAAGAGGCAUGAUUCAAGGAGGACGCGAUCAAAAGAUCGAGAUUCGGAUUCGCGUGGGCGCUCUGAUGAUCAUCGUGAGAGGAGAAGGCAUAAAGAGGAUGAGCGGCGGAAGAGGCAUCGCGACUCACGGUCGCGCUCACCUGAUCGGAGGCGGCACCGACAUUAGACACGAUGAAAGAUGAGAUUGGCUAGGCAGAUUAGCGGACUAUAAAGGGGGGUCGAGGAAUUAUACCAAAUGUUAAUUAAUGAAUUAUGAUGAUUAUACCACGAUACAAAAUUCUCUCGCUAUUAUCCAAAUCUAUAAAUCGCAUCCCAACACAUGCAGUGUAUCCAAAUUUAAGAAUUCUCCUUCCAGGGAAGCUCUAUCUCAACCGGCUUCAUAUCCUGCGCGACCAUGUCCACCAACACCUUUGCAUCCAAUUUCCUCAGCGCCUCAUCAAUCUUCUGAUACGUCGCCUCACUCAGCCCUUCCCUUCGAUCACUGUAAAUAUCCAAUCCCUCCUUUGUAAACAGCGUCGGCGCAAACCACGUCACGGCCCACCUCUCCGUCUCGCCAUCCGCCGUCGUCUCUUCGCCGGACCCGAGAACCUCCCAGUGGCUGCUCACGAAGAAGAGCCACUUCUUGCCGCGCCAGUCCCAGCCGCCGCCGUCGGGGC